UGAAACAAGUAGUUGGCUUUGCUUGGUGUGUUUGUGUUUGAUACCAUUUUUUAUUAAAUUUUACAAGAAAAUUAAUCAAUAUUCUAAAUUUUUACUGAAACUAAUAGUAUCUUUGUGUUUUGAGUGAUCUGAUGCAAUUUUGUUGGAAGUUUGAAUCCUUGAAAGAUGGAACUAAUAAAUAACCUCCAGUAACGUCUCAGACAGACUGACGAAAUAUUGACUGAUGACCCAACAUCUCCCACUCAAUUUCAAACCUCCACUUGUCACCCUCCCACCAGGAUGGACGCCACCGAUUCAAGUAAGGACGACUCAUCCUCAUCUCAAGAGCAACCAAGCGAGUUAAGCGAGACUGACUCAUUUCUGCUAAACAUCGUCACAAAGGACCCGGAUAAAGACUUGAAGGAUGAGUCUAACAAAACUACAGACUCACCUAAAAGAGUUAAACUGAUUCGACCGGAAUUCGACAAGGAGAAACUGGCCCAAAAGAUUAGAGAAAUAGAGGAGAGAGAAAAACAGAAACAAAAGUUGAAGGAGCAAGAAGAAGCUGCUAAAAUUGAAGAGAAAUCUGGGGAGAGCAGCUCUGUCAAUAAGACUGAUGGGGAUGACGUUAAGGGUGUCGAGGAACCAGAAACUAGUGAGGUCGUUGUAGAAUCUGAAGUAGUUGAAGAAGAUACUGUUCUAGAACCAGUUGAUGAAGAAAGUGUAGUUUCUAGUGGUAAAGUUGAUGAAACAGUAGUUACAAGCGUUGAGGUUUCAACUUCAGACCCCAAGAAACAUGACAAAAUUGUUGAAAGUUGUAUGAAAACGACCCCAGCUGAUGCUCUAGGAAAGAAGAUGGACGUUGGAAAUUUGAAAGCAGACGGCUCAGGAAAGGAGAAAAUUAUUGAAAGCAAAGUGUCUAGCACUGCUGACGAAUCUGUAAUGAAAAAAUUAGAAAAAGAAGUGUUGGAACAGAAAAAGGUUGAAAGUGAGACUAGUGUUCCAGAGAAAGUAGGUACUAGUAAAGCAGAGGGAACUGAAAAAGCUGAAAAAAUAGCUAGUGAUGCUAAAAAUGUGUCUUCCAGCAAUGAACAACAAAAAAUGGUUGAAGAAACUGGUGGAGAAAAAGUUGUAGGUAGAAAUAUUGAUUCAGCUAAAGCUUUAGGUGAAAGUUCCAAGGCAACAGGUGCUGAAAAGAAGAAGGAAGAUCCUGUUAUUGGUGGUGUAAAAGAGAAAGAAUUAGUGGGUGGUGGUAACAGUAAAGGAGAAAUCAGGAAUCUUGAAGAAAAAUUGAAAGUUGAGGGCUCUGAAAGUGUAGAGCUUCAAUUGGAACAAUUUAUGACAGGGGAUGAAAGCCUUUCAAAUGAAGAAUCCCCAGCGGAGAACACAGAAAAAGCUGUUGAAUCGGUACAGCAAUCAAUUGAAUCAGUUUUUGAUGAACUCACAGUUGAGCCGUCCAAAACUAUUCAAAAAGUGGGCCAAGACAAAAAAUCGAAAGUUGUAAGUAGACUAAAGCAUGUGGAUGAAAGUUCAAACAAAUCUGACGAUAUUUUAUUGGAGAUUGAGAAGUUUAUCGACUCAUCAGCUGAUUGUGAAAAUCUUAAAGAUUCGUCGAGUAAAGUUGGAAGUUCAGUUCCGACAUCAUCUAAACGAAAAUUGGAUGAUGACGUAGUUGAUGAUGACGCUAAGAAGAGGUGUACAUCAGCAACAAUUGAUUCUAUUAAAACUGUUGAAAAAGAUGUCGAUGAAAGCGAUAAAUUCCUGUCAGAUGAAUUAUCAAUGGACGUUUCUGAUUCUGAGUUGGAAGCUACAGAUAUUGAUAACAAAAACGAAACUGAUGACAAAUCAUCUUCUAAAGAUGAAACACCGAAAGAAACACCUCCAUUGGAAACAAUUCUAGAUAGCAUCAUAGCUGAUGAACCCGAGACAGCCGAUCUACCAGAAGAAGAUUUGGUAGUAUCAGACAUACCGAGCACUGCCCUGGUGGAAACCAAAAUCCCAGAAUCUCCCAGAAGAGUAAAACUGGUUCGGCCUUCUAAACCGGCAACAAAAACUCUGACAAAACCUGAAGUAAGUCAGAAAGUUUCACAAGUUAAACCGAAAGUUGUGUCGGAAAGUAAGGAUGUCUCAGUGAAACCUUCUACCGAGAAAUUACAUGAAGUCCAAGAGAAAGAAGAAACAAAGAAACCAGAAAGAGAUGUGGCACCAGAAGAACCAACAAAACAAGUGGAAGAAGAUACAAAGAAAUCGGAUGAAGGAGGAACAACGAUUGUGAACGUUCCCCAAACAGUUGAUGAACCUGUUGAAGCAGAAACCAAAUUGAACGAUCAAAAUAAGCCUGCAACUGACGAAAAAAUUGUUACUAGUAAAGACGUGGAACCAGAUGAAAGCUCAGUUAAAGUAGAAGCAACCACCACAAAAUUACCCUCUGUUGAAAAAUCAACAACAGAGAAAAUAAUUCCUCCAGUUGUAGAAACUUCCAGUGUGAAACCUGAGGUUAAAUCUGAGAAACCCCCGGUAGUUAAGGCACAAGAGUCCAUGAAACUACCUGAAUCAGUUGAAAAAUCAGUUAUUAAUCAGCCUGAAGAAGAAGUGAGGAGUACUAAGGAACCAGCAAAAGAUGACAGUUCUAAAACUUUGCCUCUGGAGCCGUCACUUCCUCAACCAGAAGUGAAAGUUAUUGUUGAAAAAUUGAAAGAUUCGAAAAGCACGGAACCAGUUCCUAUCUCCAGUAAGAUUGCAGAAAAGAAACCUGAUGCUGAGGGAACUGUUUCAGAAAAAUGUGUGGCCACAUCAAAAUUGGUUACAAGUGGAGAAGUAGACCCAGUAGAAAUCCCUGCAGCUCAAGUAGACAAAUCAAAGGUUACUUCAAGUGAAGAAGUUGCUUCUAAGGAGCCGCUAGUACUAAAAGAAUCGGCCGAGGUGAGAGAAGUCUCCAAAGCUCCGGAAAAUAUUGAAGCAACAAAAUCAACAUCAGAAAAACCCUCGCCUCCGGUUGAAAGUGAAGCUUCCAGGUUGAGGAGAGUCAUCAGGAAGCCAAGAGUUGUACUUCCUGUUGUGAGUAAACAAGGAGAGACAGUUUCAUCAACUGUAGUUGAAAAGAAGGAAGAUGUUUCGUCAAGUUUGAAACAAAGAUGUGAAGUUGAAACUGUAGUUAAAAAAGCUAGUCAAGAUAGUGACUUGGUUCUGGAUAUGACUGUUGAUGAGGAGGAGGAGGAGGAUGAUGAUGAGGAAGAGGAGGAGAAAGAUGUUGUAAGUAGUAGUGAAACAAAACAACUUGGUUUCAAAUUGAAAAUCGGUAAAUCAUCGUCAACAAUCAUACCCAAAGACGAUAAAACUACACCUCAAUCCAGUGCCUCCUCAAUACUGGCGGACAAACUCAUAUCUCAGAAAACAACCGAACACACUUUCGGGUCGAUCACAAUCAGUGCCACUUCUAGUAAAAAUAAAACCGACAUGAAAAAAGUUGAAGAGAUGUUGAAGGACACUGACGUCACUAUCACACCGUUGGUAGACCGGGAAUCAGUGCAGCAAAAGCUCAGCAAAAUCACGCUGAAAAUCGGGAAAGACGGGAAUCCGCCUGAGAUCAAACAAACGGUGGAGAGGGAGAGUAAGGGAAGUCCAGGGGUGGUGGCUGCUAAAAGGAAGGGAGGGGAUGGUGGGGGGAGUCCGUCCAAGAAGAAGAUGAAAGAUGAGAGUGCAGUGUUGACGACUUCCUCGGGGGUGGAGAUCGAUCUGCACAUGAAGAAGCCGAAACUGUUGUCGUCUCUGAUUGCAGAACCACCGAAGACGUCACAGGAUCCUCGCCAAGUUUUUGGUGGUCUAACGCCUCAACAAUUUAUAGUAUUGAAUCCACAGCAACAACAAGCCAUCAUAGAACAAAUGAUGAACAGUCACCAACAAAUGUUGGCCGGUCAAAUCCCCCAACAAACGCCGCAACAGAUGAUGGGUCAACUGACUCCCCAACAGUUCCUGGGAACACCGCAAUCUUUCCCAGGCAGUCCCGUUACUCCCGGUGGUUCUGAGCCGGUGAAGAAGAAGCGGGGACGUCCCAGGAAGAUCCCGUUGCCAGAAGGACAAGGUCAACUGCCUCACGGUCAAUUACCUCAAGGUCAACUGCCGCAAGGUCAACUGCUUCAAGGUCAACCAUCUCAAAUGCUUCAGGACCCCCAGGUGCAAGCCUUGAAACAACAAGUCAUGUCACAGUCCCAACAGAGCAGUUCGGGAACGGGCACCUCUAGUGGCAGCGACGAGUAUUCGUCAGGUGUAUUCCCGCAGGUGCCGUUGUUUGACAUGACCGAAUCGCUGUUCGAUCAGGCGCACCUGUUUCCCAACCAGGUGAACGCGAUGCAGACCGCUGGCAGACCGCAGCGGUCGUGUCGCGGUCGGAUCAAGCUGCCGUCGGUCAGGUCAAGGAAACCGCGAGGAUCUACCAUGGCCGCCAGAGCUGCUGGAACCGGAAGGGGGAGAGGCCGAGGCUACAAAAGGGUUCAACAAGAGUUCACAGAAAGCGACAACAUCAUAACACUGGAGAACGUGAAAGAAGAAAUGCGCCGACAGAGCAUGGAACAAGCCCAGUUCCUGGCUAGCAAUGAAGCCAUGCAAACAUCACAGGACACCUCUACAUCCAGCCCCGCUUCGGCCGCCGACCCCGGUCUCAUGAAGAGUCCCCCCGAGAAGAAGCCGCGAAAACGCAGGACCGAGGAACAGGAACGGGCAAGGAUCGAGAAGAUGAAGCAGAAGAGAGAGGAGAAGAAGAUGAAAACGCUGGAGAAGAAGAGGAAGAUAGCCGAAGCCAAGGCUAAGGAGAAAGCGGCAGUAAUGGCUGCUGCCCUGGUGGAGGAGGAAACAAGGAUGAGUGCACCUGAACGGAAGGAGGAGGAGAAGAAGAAGGAGAUCAAAGUGGAGGAGGAAGAGGAGGAGGAGGUGGAGAAGAAGGUUGAAGUAAUUAUCAUUAUUUUCUACAGCUCAAAUAACACCGUGGACACCGUGGAGCCUUCGUCGCCAUUCGUCACUCCACGCAAGGAGAAGAAAAUCUACCGAUGUCUCAUCUGUCGGGAGGAGUCACCCCUCAAAAAGCUGACCAGCCCCCUGGACCACCGUAGCUGGCGAGUUCUCUAUCAGGCGGCCAUUGUUCGCGGUCACGAGGAGAUCAUCAACCUCACGCAGAACCUAAGCGACUCCAUCCCCACCGGCAUCCUCUACCACCGCAACUGUCGUUCGGAGUUCACUCAUAAGAAGACACUAGCCAAGCUCACCGACUGUCCACUGCCUGAGGAUGGCCACCAAAUCAGUCAUCAUCACCAAUCGUCGCCAAUCAUCAAGAGUACGGGCGCCGAGAAUGUCAACCCCAACACACCGAAGGAAGUGCGAAUGGUGGAAGGCACAAUCACCGAGUACGAGUGGCCGCUCCAAGGCGGGGAGCUGUACAUGAUUCAAGAGCAGGUUUCCGACUUCCUUGAAAUCACCAGCUUCAAACGCAAAUAUCCGGAUAUCUUCAGGAGAACCGUGGAGACUGAAGAGAAGGCGUACCUCAGAGAGAACGGGCUCGUUUCGGAAGCGCAUUGUGAUCUGGGACUGAUUGCUGUGAAAAGCUCGGAUAUUCUAGACAUAAUGUUCGCCGAUUUCCAAGACAAAUACGAAGAAUUUAGAAAGCAAAUCAGAGAUAAGCAAGCUCGGGAGCUUUCGUCCAAACAUAAAGCGGCAUUCACGAGCCUGCUCCAGGACAAGCGGAAGUUUGAGAACCGCGUGUUGGACGCUAAGACGGAAGCGAUGCAAGCGGUUGCCGCGUGGAACAGCCGCCUGAAUCGCACGCGACAGGAGACGCGGCGGUCUGUGUUGGAUCUGCAGAGCUGCAUCGUUCACUAUCCGCGCAGUGUGGGGCUGAAACGGAGUCAGAGCGGAGUCAAUGAACCGCCACGGAAAGUGGGCCACUAUCCGGUGGUCAUGGUGGCCGGACAGUUUUGCGACAAUUACAAGAGAUACACGCCGAACGAGCUGAAGUAUUUCCCCCUGAACACGGUGAUCUAUGGACCAAUGAAACCCAACCAACGCUUUGGAGGCGGGUCUGAUGGAAGCCAGUCUGAUUCCGACGAUUCCAGUUCUUCCGAUGACUCUAGCGACUCAUCAAGCGACAGCAGCGACGCAGAUAGCGACGCUUCGGGCGACGAGUCGCGCGACUCGAAAGACGCGACUGCAGCCGCGGGAGGUGCGGCGACCAACGGCGAGACGCACUGCAAGAUGUGCGGCGGCGACAAGACGCGCAACAAACAGGACAACCCCGAAGUGCUCAUCAACUGCGCUCAGUGCACGAAAAGCAGUCAGUUGCUACCUUUCAAUCACCGUCUUCCCACCGUCCUAUUGAGUAAUAUUAGUAAUGUAAGGACCCCGGUCAAGGUCACCAACUCUUCCUCGCUCUCAAAACUGCUUGGGGCGUCACCGUCGUCCGCCAAACGUAUCAAAACCGAGAACGGCGGGGCCGAUACACCCAAAUCUGGCGGUUUCAGAGGGAAUAACGGGUCGGAUUCCACCCCAAAACCUGGUUUAGUUAGAGGGAAAACUGAGGUUAGCGGAAUGGAUCCUUCCUUGCCGAAACCUGGCGUAGCUCGAGUUCUGGGAACACAGAUGGCCAGGGUUCAGGGGAAACUUCAGGAAGUACAAGGUGUGAAAGUUUUGGGUUCCCAGAGAGUUGGCUUUUUGGGGAAAACCCAGGGAACUUCCAGGGUUGGUACACAGGUUGUGAAACCUGUGGGAACUUCUGGUUUGGGGACACAAAUAGUGAAACCUGUGCGAACACAAAUUGUAAAAUCCGUGGGGACGUCUGGUGUGGGAACACAAAUUGUAGAACCCCAGGGACCGACUGUCUUGGGAACACAAAUAGUGAAACCGCAGGAGGUACCUAGUACAAACGUUUUGGGGACGCAUAUUUUGAAACCCCAGGAAGAGUCACAAACCCAGUCAGGUAGUAAUACAGUAGGAAGCCAGAUGGUAAAACCCCAGGAAGAAACAGGUAUCAACGAACAAAUCACCCAGGAAAGUAGCCAAAGUAUUAAUGUUCUGGGGACCCCGGUUGAGAAACCACAAGAAGUAACAAAUAUGGACGUUCAGGGUGUUGGAAAUGAAGUCCUGAAAACUGAAGAGAUGUCCGAAGUUUUGGGGACCAAUGGUGCAAAACCUGAGGAACACUCAAGUGGUGAAGCUCAAGGGUUGAUUGUUGAUGAACUGAGUAGUGAUGCUCAAGAAAUUAGAAAACCGGACGAGGCUGAAACUGUUGAGGCGAUUCAAAGUAUUCUAGGGGAAUCACAGGGUGUUGUAAGUCAAGAUGUGGAAAGUAUGGAGGUUGAUGAAAGUGAGGCACAGAGUGAUGAGGCUCAGGAAAGUCAAAAAGUUGAGGAAAGUGAAAUGGUUGUAGAUCAGGAAACACCGAGUGUUGAUCAGGGAAGUCAGAAUGUUGAAACUCAGGAAACAUCCAGUGGCAAAGUCCAGGAAACUGAUGAAAAUCCAAGUAUUGAUAACCAGAGGGUUGACGUUGAAGAAACCCUGGCUGUUAAGGUUGAUGAGACACAGAAUAUUGAAGUUCAAGGAUCUCAGAAUGUUGAUUCUCAGCAGACUAAGCCGUUGUCUGAACAGAUUGUAAGUAGCGAAAGUGAUACACUGCAGUCAAAUACUGUUAGCUCCGGCAGUACUGUCGAUUCAGUUGAUGGAGUGGAUACAGUCAGUAGUACAGUUGAAAAUUAAACAGUAAAGAUUUUUUGUAAGUUUGGGAAUAAUCAGGUAUUGUCUUUAUAGAUGUAUAGAUGCAGAUUGGCCUGCAAUUUGAGUAUUCCGUUCCAUUUUUCUAUUAUUAAUUAGGUGUAUUUCUUGUCAAACUGUGGUCUCAUUCUAUAGAAGUGGGAGAUGAUUCUCUAAAUUAUCUAGGAAUAAAUAAUUAAUUAUCUGAGGAAUAUAAUUUACUGGAGGAAUCCAUUUAUCAACGAGCUUGAAUUCUCUUGUUAGGGUGCUACUGCUUUGUAAUUACUGUUGUCAAGUAAUAUUGGUCCCUACUAAAAUAUUCACAGUAAUAUUGAAUUCAGUUUAAAAUUAAUCAAUUAUUGAGUCAAUUUAAAAAUAAAUUCGCAUAAAACUAAUUCAUUGAUACGCGUAUAUUUAACAAGUAGCAGAUAUUAUUUGAUAAAGAGCUAUCAUAUUAUAUCGGUUCUCCCAGUUUAGAGUAUGAAAUUAUUUCCGCUAAAUCAAGAUAUGUUUUUUAAGUUUAUAAUUAUUGCAAGACUAGUAAUUUAAUCACUAUUAGAUGUAGAUGUAGGUAAAUUUGAAAUAAUAUUGUCAAUGUUUUGUAGUCACUACUAUGAUUAUCCUAAAACAAAUUAAUAUAAUGUUGGUUAAGAUUGAUCCAUUGAAUCAAUUAUGAAUAAAGGGUAUUUUUCAAUAUAAUAUUACAGAAAUAACACGUUAUAAUAAUUAUAAUAUUGUAAAACGCAAGGAAGUUUCCGUAUUACUCGGCCUAAUAUGUUGUUAACUAACAACUAACGAGAUUUGAACUUUACAUGCGUCAAUUUGCUUUUUUAAUAUGAAAAAGCCUAGAAUUUCUAUAAUAGAUGGAGUUACUCGAUCAAUCAGUUGAUUCAAUUUCAACGACUUCAAAAAAUGCGUUUUUUAAAACUGUAGAAAAGAUAGAUCACGCUGUAGGUUAUCAUAUUUAACUAUGUAACAGAUUAGGUAUAUUGUUAAACUUAACGUCUGAGUGCCGGUUGCACAAAAGCCGGUUAAAUUGUAAUCGGGAUUAAUUCUACGAGAACCAAUCAGUGAAGCCGUCUUAUCAAAAAGGCCUUCUCUGAUUGGUUCUCGUGAAAUUAAUCACGGUUAAAUUUCAAGCGGCUUUCGUGCAACCGGGUCUGAGAAGAUUUUAAGCUGAACGUCUUGAAAUAUAAAUAAUAUUGAUCACAUUCAGCUAUGAUUUAUAGGAGAGAAUGAAUUAUUGGAGAUUUUAGGCAAAUGUUUACCAAGUUGAACAUUGUCUUGCAGUCUAAAAAACCUACUAAAUACGUUUUUAAUCCGAAUUUAUUUUUCACAGAGGUAACUUUUCUAAAGAUAUUUUUGUAAUGUAAAACGGUAAAUUUAGCAGACAUAAACUAUUCGAAUAUGUUUACAACGUAUCUUUACAACUUCCUCAACGAAAAUUGAUGUUAAAUCAUAACGUUAUCAUAACUUUAGCUCUAUCGGUGGUGUUAAAAGUUGAGUAAAUUAUUGGUGUUGAUUCCGUAUUGAAUGUAAUAAGUAAACAUAUAACUUAUAAUCGUUCCAAGUUGGUAUAUCAAUGUGUGUUUCAAAAUAUUGAAUGUGGAGUUUUCAUCGUGCAUCAAUGUUGUAGAUAAGCAUUUGUAUAACUACUGCUAAAUUUUCAGCUCUUUGAUUAUUAUCUCUGGGUAUAUUUUUUAUUCAUAUUGAUGAAACUUUAAAAUUACAACCAGAAGGUAGAACUUAAUCUAUUUGGGUAUGUUUCACCAUUGACAAACAAGCAAUAAUUAUGUUUGAUGUAUUCUAUAAAUUUGAAACUAAUCAACUUUCAUAUGGUAAGAUUUUUAGGUAUCACCUAUGUUCACAAACAUUCAUAUUGUGAGAUAUUGUAAUACUAAUUCAUUACUAUCUGAAUACUGUAAUUUCCUCCAAAAAUUAGUGAAAAGUUUGUGAAUAUCAUAAGAAUAUUUAUUUGAUGCAAUCUAUGAUCACAUUGUUCAUAAGAGAAGAGUAUUGUACUUGCCUAGUCCUCUAAAUAUUCUUGAUCUAUUAUUUUCUUUACGAACGUUGACUUGUAUGAAAAGAUGGCCUCCCAUUUUCCUUCGUGAUCUAUUAUAAUUGCAUAGUUUUCAUGUAUAUUACCUAGUGAUCUGGUUAUCAAUGUUGUUAGUGAAUUAUGUAUUGUAAAUAAUUUUCUAUUCCGAUUCAAAAAUACUUUUCAAAACUAAUAUAUCAAAAAAUAUUUAUCUCAUAUAAUGAUAACAAUCAUGUUCACUUUCUUGUCAGAACCAAAAACAAAAUGCAUUCUAAUAAUUUACCUUCAUUUGUGAACAUCUAAAGAAUGUAUUUAUCUCAGUUUAGUACUUGCUCUUAUGUAAAAAGAAUGAAUUUUUUUGUUUACAUUUUAUAUUUCAGAAUGCUGUAUGGGUGUUAGUGAAUGAGAGAUUUAUUUUUGUUCUUCCAACUCAAUUAUGAAAAUGAUUGGAAAUUAUGUUCCCAGUUUUCAGUAUUAUUCAAUAUUUUGUACUUAUCAAGGAUUUGGCUCUAUUAUGAAAGAGGUUUAGGAAAAAUUUGGUAUAGUUUGAAUGGUGGAAUGAAAAAUAUCGGUUGGAAGAUUUCUUCAGGUUUUUCUUCAGGUUUAAUCAAUUAUUAAUAUUCAGUUAGCUGUUUCAAUCAUCCCUAUGUAAUAUCAGAUUUACCAUAAUUAUUAUAUUUACUCAAAGUAUGUGGGUUAUCGUAUACGAUUUUUCAUAUAAUUUUUGGGAUUCAUACCAUCAUGUCUGUAUACUGAUUCCUAAUCUAUAAAUUGACAAUGAAGUCUCAGAAAAAUAUCCUCUGUUUAAAAUUCAAAACCUACAAAAUACCAAGAGGUUUAUAAUUUUUAUAAUGGGAGAAAUUUAUCCUUCGAUUUGGUUGGUUUUAUGAGAUGUUAUACAGCUAUCGAACUAGAUUAAGAGAUGUUCGAAAUGUUUCUAUUAAUAAAAUUAUUUUUUAUAUUUGUGAA